AUUUAUUUUAUAGGUGAUCACUGCUAUUACAAAUCUUUUAGCUUCAAUGUCUAGAGAAGAUGAUAAUAACGAUCCACGUAGUUUGAAACGAAAAUUUGAUAUGGAUCUACUGACUGCAGAAGUUGCAAAAUUGGGACAAGUGGAUGUUCCACCACCUUCUCACUCACCUAUGAUGCAUCAUCAAUCUCAUUAUCCUAGAGAACAUCCAAUAAGAUCAAUGUCAACUCCACAACCCAUGGUUGGUUUGGAACCUACACAUUCAGCAAUGAGUGAGAUUGAAUAUCGUAUGCGGUCAACAUCUCCAUUUGGUCCAAAUCAUCAUAAUCCAAAAGUUCAAACAUCUAGUCCUUUAGCCAUGUUACCGGAAAUUCCGUUUUCUCCUUUUCAACCGAAUAAUAAUUACCUACGACACCGAUCUCCUGAACCGAUAUCAGGUGUGAGCCCUGCCAACAGUAGAUCUGCAUCAAUGGAUACAUAUAGUCGAUCGAGAAUCCAGUUGUUAAUAAUCCAUCAACGUCGCAAACAAGAGCUCCACCAAUACCUGAUCCUCCGGAUAACGGUGAAGAAUACGCCAAGAGACGCAAAAGAAAUUAAGAAAGAAAGUGAAGAUGAAUUAAGUGGACGAACCCGCAGUAUAAACGGUUGGAGAGAUAUAAUUAAUAAUUAUUAUAUUUUUUUUUUUUUCUUUUCCCUUUUCCAAAAAAGUAAUUAUAUACAUAAGUAGGUACAUGAGAUAAAUAAAUUUAUAGUACUAUACUAUUUAUUAAUUCUGUAAUGUGUAUAUAGUAUAUAGCAAAACUUACUUAUUUUUACAAAUAAUAAUAAAAUAAUAAUUUAUAAUUUAUAAUUUAAUAAAAUGUUUAAAUGA